UCCCUCCCUCUCUCUCCCCCCUGCCCCCUCUCUCCCCUGCCCCCUCUCUCCCCUCCCUUUCCCCUGGGCGCGCCGGCCCAAGCAGAGCGCGCGCACUGCCACUCUCCCGCACACUUCCUCCUCCCUGCCCGGAGCAUGACACCGGUGCUCGGCAUCGGCGCAGUAUGGCCCCACUGUGCGGGUCCACCGGCCGGAUGGCGAUCGCUCGGCCCAACCGCCGCGCCCCCGGUCCCGGCAUGCCUGACGGAGACGGCGCUCAAGGCCCUCUGGACUGAUCUGGCUGGUGCCCCGCAGGCCGUGUCUCCGGCCGGCCGGUGCCCCGCCCUGCCGACUGCUCCGGCGACCCGGCUGCUGGCGUCGAGGCACCACCUGUUCGGGUAUAGCACGCGCGAGGGUGGCGAUCUCUUUGCCAUUGAUGCGCUGCCCGCAUCGGCGGCCUCCCAGCAGGGGCCCAUUCGUGCGGCGAUGGCCGCCCCGGCCGCCCCGGCGGUGCCGGUCUCCUCGGCCGAGGCGCGUGCCUCUCGGCUGAAGGCCCUCCUGGCCCCGAGUCGGCCUCCUGCCGAUGUGGACGAUCUCAAGCCCGAUGGCAUUUGGCCUGGCGGCCGGCUGGGCCUGAGCCGGCCAACUGCCCCGGGUGUCUUCCUGGCCGGCAUCUCGGCCGAUUGUGUUCCCGGAUCACCGCAGUCCCUGCUGUCAGUCUGGAGUGAUGGCCGUCUGGACGUCCACGUUUACUCCACCGAUGGCUUCUUCUGGUCUCGCCUGGCCUGCAUCAACCUCUUCACCUGUCCCAUCCUCUCGGAGGCGGAUGUCUCGGCGUCGGUCACCCGAGGGCGGGGCAUGGCCCUGGCGCCACGCUCGCGCGGCGGGUUCACCAUCGUCCGCGCUGUGGCCCUGGCCGAUUUCCACCGGAUGCAGGGCCGUGCCGGCCUCGUCUCCGGCGUUUCGGUCCUCUUCCUGGCCACCACUUGUCCUGGCCCGGCCGCGUGCCGAGAGUCCGCCGCGUCGGCCGAAGAUAAGCUUGGCUGCUGUGCGGGCCAUUUGCGCCUCUUCCUGGCACGGAUCAAUGUCUCAGCGCGGACACGAGUGCAGCCACCGACGACCGACGGCCACCCAGGCAUGUCCAUUGUCCUGUCGGACUCGGCGGCUCUGGUCUGUCCGAUUGUUCAACUCGGCGGCAAGUUCCUCCCCUCGGCCGACUUGGGCCUCUUUGGCGAGGGUGUCUUCCUGACUGACCGGCCAGCGGCGGCUGACCCCAAUGCCGGGCCGAGCACCCUAUCCGGGCUGUGGUUGUCCCGGUACCCGGAGCAGCUGCUGCGGCCAGCCAGCCGGGCCCCCCUGCCGCAGAGGGACCCGCCAUGCGCGGCCGCCAGCCCGUGCCGGCACCCGCGCGGUGCGGCCCUUUGGAGCAGCGCCGAACACCUUCCCUGUGGCUGUCCGUUGGCCGAUUUGGCCGUGCAUCCGGCCACUCGGGAGCUCUUCCUUCUUGCCACGUGUGGGCACCUGUUCGGCGUGGCGAUGGCACCGGCAUCGGCGUCCGUCGAGGAGGCAGCCGGCCAGGCGGUGUCCCGAUCCACGAGCACCGGCAUGCCGCCGAGCAUCCUCCUCCGGCCCCUGACUCAAUUGUGCCUCCCGAAGGGCCAUGCCGAGCCGCCUCUCCGGUCGGGUGGGCCUGACCGGCUUCUUUUUGACCGGGCGGCGGCCCUGCUCUUGCGGCCGCACCCCCCGGACCGGCCUUCGGUGCUCUGCUUCUCCCUGCCAAGUGGGGUGCUGCUUUCCCGGGCUCCCCUCUCCGGGGAUGGCCAUCAGGUCACCCACCUGUUGGGUCAUUUCCAUGGGCACCCGAAGCAUCAUCCGCUCUUCCGACCGGUGGUACUCUCGCUGCCGGGCCCCGGGACCACGGUCUCCAGUCUCCCGGAGUUGCGCUUCCUUCAGGCCGGUCCCAUCCCCCCCGGGCCGGAUCUACGCCGGGUGUCGGCUUCCCUUAGUGGUCAGGCAGCAGCCACGCCGGACAUCUUUCCCGGCGGGCCAAUUCAGAACGACCAAAUCGCCCUGAACCAGGCGCGCCCCAUGACCCCACCCCUGCACCAUGUGGCGGCGUUCUUCGAGCUCCUGUGGCAGCUACUGGACGACGGCCCCGUGGCGGUCGGAAAGCCCGACCUCCUGCGCAGCUUCCUCCGUCAAUUGGAGCUCUUGUGCCUGCAUUCCCAGUCGCCGGCGCUGAUUGUCCACGUCCUCGAGGCCCUGCGCCGGUCAGCGGCCUCCCUGCCUGGGCCAUUCCUCCGGGACAUGCAGCGGGUGGUGGACCGGUGUGUGAGCCCUCCGGUUGAGGCCCCGGGCUCGGGCGAUGCCCUGUCCCCGGCACUGACUCCCCUCUCGGCCCGGGUGCAGGGGAAUGUCCAGCGCCUGCGUGGGCUUUCCUUCGAGAGCUGGCACGGCCAGCCGCACUCGCAGACGUGUGUCAAGCUUCAGCCGGCGGCCGAGCCGCUCCCCGGGCGGACCUCCUUCAAUUUGGAGAGCGGCUGGCUGUGGAAGCGCUAUCCCGGGGAAAUGGUGCUGGCGUACUUGGCGCGGAUGGCCGAGCUCAGCACGGCGGCUCGGCGGUCGGUCGACCGGUCGACCUCGUUCCCCGUCUUCCCGGCAUUGGUGGACGCCCAUCCCAGCGGGGCCUUCCCCCGGUUUGGCUAUCUCCACCAGGAUUCAGGCCGGUCCGGAACCCGGUCGCCGGGGGUGGCAUCUCCAAUUUCCCCCCUGAAGACGACCGUCGGCUCCUCCCCGGCCGGCGUGACCCUCGAGGCCCCGGUGUCGGCCUUCCCACCGCUCUUGUCGACCAAUGCCUGGCAGCGAUUGACCAUCUCGCAGCGGGUUCUGGCACUCGCGUGCGAGGCGUGUCGGGUGGCGGACUCGGAGGCCGCGGCGGCCGCCGGUGGCCAGCCGCCCGCUCGACCGCUGCUACUGCAGCUGACGUACACCCUCACUCACGCGGGCAUCCUCUUGGACUUCGCCCUGUCGUGUGGCACGCUGGACGGCCCGGCGACCCAUGCCGCCAAGGCCGCCAUUUCGGGUGGCGCACGCGCUGCCAGGCCCCAGCCGUCCGGCACCCUGGCCGGCGGCCGGGCAUUCGAUGUGUCCGAGUCUCUGCGGCCAUGGGGCGCCACGCUGGAGCAGGUUGCCAGCUACCUGGCAUCGGUGAUGUCCUGUCCCGCGUUGAGCCUCUCCCUGUCGCGAGCUCUCCCACCCGCCGGGGCACCGCCCUUCACCGACUGUGACACAUCCCUGGCGGAGCUGCUGUCGCUGGCUGCGCACCCCUCCCAAGCGGUGUGCUUCCUGGCCCUGCACGCGCAUUGGGACUCGGCAGUGUCCGGGCUGUCAACCCUCCGCUUGGCGUCGGCCUCGAGCUCGCCGGCACCGCUGAGCUCGCCCUUCACCCUUACCGGCAGUCGGAUGGCCGAGGCGUCCCUCUCUCGCGGAAGCACCGCCGCCGCCCACGCCAGCGACCCGCUCCUGCGGCAGUUCACCCGGAACCAGAGCAUCGCCGAGCAGUCCCUCCACUCGGACAGCUCCUUCGACUCGCCCUGCUACAUUCAGACCUACUUCUUUGUGGCCCAGCUGCUGUCCCGGCGUUUGGCCGGCCGGCCGACCAUGACCGAGGCCCUUCACACUGGCGAUGGCCUGCUCCCGGUGCUUCGCCAGCUGCUGACCCUGGUGCCGGCUGGUCUGCGCCCCGUGGAUUAUGUGUCUCUCCUUCAAAUCUUCCUGCCAGACGCGCGCGACAUUGAGCAGCUCCUCGACCGGGCGGCCAUCAACGCCACCGAGGUCCGGUCGCUGGUUGCCGUGGCGACCCGAAUGACCACCCUCUCGGCGGCUCCGCCCGCCGCUCCCCGCCCGGCAGCCGCCGCCCUAGACCAGUGGGAGGCGCUUUUCGCCCCCCUCCUGGGUGCCAUGGCCCAGUCCCUUGGGCACUGCUAAAAUGCCCUCUUCCUGAGCGCGGGGACGGGGGAGCAAUCUUGGCCCUGCCUCUUCUUUAGGCCCCCCCUUCUCGCCUUGCUCGCCCUUUUUAUUUCCCCCCAUAUCCCCGCAGUUGGCCAGGACCCGCAGUCGCGUGUAUGCGCAUGCAUGCGUUCUCUUCAAAUACAUUCCCCUUG